AUGGCCGCCGUAUCAGCACCCACACCCAAGCUGGAUCGCUACGUCGUGAUUCACGUUGCGACCACAUGUGAUGAGCACGGCGUUUAUGUCACCAAGGAUUCCGCCGAGGUCAUUGAGUUGGGCUGGAUCCUGCUGGAUUCCAAGACUUGUGAGGAACUUCAUCGUGAAAGUGUGCUCGUCAAGCCUGUCAACACUCCGAUCACCCCGCUGUGCACAAGCUUGACAACUCUCACCUGGGAGCAUGUCCGCUCGGCGGGCACUUUCAGGGAUGCCGUCUCCCGGUUUGAUGCGUUUGCUCAGGAGCACCUCACCAGCAAACAGCUCGAGUUUGCCUUUGUGACCUUGGACUCCUGGGAUCUUCGGGUGCAAUUGCCCCGCGAGGCCCGCGACAAGGCUGUCGUCCUGCCUGCCUACCUGCAGCACUCUCGCACCUUUGACUUGCGCACCGAGUAUCAGCGCUGGCAAACUCAUCACCCGGAGUCGCUGCCUUUCGGUCCCAGCUCCCUCUCCAACAUCUGCGCCGCCCUCGAAGUGGAGCCCGUGCAAUCCUCCGCCCCCAUCAAGCACAACCUGCCCUUCCACCUGCAAGCAUUGGCCCCUGCCUCCCCGCGCCGUGCCAUGGAGGAGUCCAUCACGCUCGCUCGCGUGCUCCGCGGCCUGAUCCGCAAGUCGCAGCCUCCCCACGAGCACCCCGAGAUCUUGACCCGCCCGAUGGAUGCGCACGCUGAUGUGCGCGCUUUCCUGGCUGAGCGCAGCAAGGUCCUGCACCUGAGCGGCUUGCCUCACGACACCACACAGUCGGAGUUGGAGAGCUGGUUCACCCAAUUUGGAGGUCGCCCGAUUGCCUUCUGGACCCUGCGCACGCCUGAUCAACACAAGCCCACGGGCACUGGCUUUGCCGUCUUCUCGUCCCACGAGGAGGCGGCCGAGAGCCUGUGCAUGAACGGCCGUGCUCUUAACGAGAAAGCCAUUGAGGUUUCUCCCUCUUCGAGCCGAGUGCUCGAUCGCGCGGCGGAGAUUCUCACUCCUUUCCCUCCUUCCAAGAACCGCCCUCGCCCCGGCGAUUGGACCUGCCCCUCGUGCGGCUUCUCCAACUUCCAGCGCCGCACCGCCUGCUUCCGUUGCUCCUUCCCCGCCAUGGCGGCUGCACCCGACCCGAUGGGCUACGGCUAUGGCUACGGACCCCCAAACAUGAUGCCUCCUCACAUGGGCCACGGUCAUGGCAUGGGCGGCCACGGACGCGGUAUGGGCGGAAACGGGGGCGUGGUUCCCUUCCGCGCCGGAGAUUGGAAGUGUGGCUCCGAGGGCUGCGGCUACCACAAUUUCGCGAAGAACAUCAAUUGUCUUCGCUGCGGUGCUCCACGAUCGGGCGCGGCCGUUGUGGCUGAUUCGGCCUUCCCUUCGCCCAUGGAUCCCCCGUCGCAAUUCGGCAUGGGCCCCAACUCGAUGGCAAGCACCCCGGCCCCUGGUCCGUUCGCCUCGACCGCUGGCGGAUUCCCUGGCUUUGGCCAGCAGUUCGGUGGCCCCCACAACAACUACAUGCCCUCCGGCGGCCUCAGCAACACCCCUGGAGCCUAUCCUCCUAUGCCUCAGGUCAACUCGGGGUACGGCACCUCGGGCUCCCACUCCGCUGCUUCCUUUGCCAACCCAGCCACCCAGGCUGCAUUCAGCGGGGCUGACCACGGUGUGCCGUCUACGAGCGCCUCCAACGGUGCCUUCUAUGGUGGCUCCGACGGGUCCAGCGACCCAUUUGCCUUUUUGUCCUCGGGACUGGGCGGGUUGACCGUCUCGGACGACGCACACUCGCGUCGCAACGGUAGUGGUGCUAACAAGUCUCCCGCUUAA